AUGGCGGCCAAAUCCAAGGACAAGUCUGCCGACAAGAAGAAGGCCACCAAGCCUUCUAAGAAGGCACAGAAAGAUGCCACUCCCGCCCCACCUGCCCAGCUCUUGGACCUCGUCGAGGGUUUCCUCUCCUCCAACCAGUUCGACGACGCCCACGCCGCCUUCAAGCAGCAGCGGAACAAGAACGGUUGGGUCAGCCCCGCCAAGGGUGCACAGCCCGAGGGGCAGACCCUGAUCUCCGUCUUCGAGACCUGGAACAAGUCCCAGAGUGCCUCCGCCGCCGACAGCUCCGACAGCUCCAGCGACGACGACUCGAGCUCAUCUGACAGCUCCAGCGACGCCGGCGGCGAUGUGAAGAUGGCGGAUGCUGGGUCCGCCGACGACUCUGACAGUUCUUCCAGCUCGAGCUCGUCCAGUUCCGAUAGCGAUAGCGAUAGCGACAGCGACAGCGAGGACGAGGGCAAGAAGACGAAGAAGACUGGCGGCGCCCCUGUGGCCAAGAGCGAAUCCUCCGACUCGUCCUCCGACAGUGAUUCCGACUCGUCCUCCGAUUCUUCGAGCGACGACGAUGAUGACGACAAUGCUGCGGCCAAGCCCGGCCUUGGAGCGUCGUCCGCGGCCAAGCCUGCUGCCGCCAACCCACUGAAGCGCAAGGCUCCUUCCAAGAGCGAUUCUUCCGACUCCGAUUCCGACUCCAGCUCUUCUUCAAGCGACUCUGAUUCCUCCAGUUCUGAGGACGAGAAACCAAAAUCCAAGAAGCAGAAGGUCAAGGAGAGCUCCGACUCCGACUCCGAUUCUAGCUCGGACUCUUCUUCGGACUCCAGCAGUGACAGUGACAGCAGCGACAGCGAUAGCAACUCGGACGACGAAUCCGAGCAGCUCAAGAAAGCCGCCGCCACCAAGCUCCCCGACUCUGGGUCUUCCUCUUCCUCAUCCUCGUCCUCAGACUCUGAAUCCGAGGAUAACGCCCCCAAGCCCGCCACGAACGGCUCCGACUCGUCCGUGACCAUGGGCAAGACCUCCCCGGAGAUCUUCCCCCCUCUGCCCCCGAACCCGACCGCCGCCAAGAAGAACAACCGCGGCAAGAAGGACGCGGCCCCGGUGAAGAAGGUCCCCAACGAGCCCUUCUCGCGCAUCCGCAAGGACAUCACGGUCGAGGAGAAGUUCAAGUCCAACGCCUUCACCGACAACGCGCACGACUGGGGCCGCAAGGCACACGAGGACCUGAUUGUCACCCGCGGCAAGGGCUUCACCAAGGAGAAGAACAAGAAGAAGAGGGGCAGCUACCGUGGCGGCUUCAUCGACGUCAACGCCUACCAGGGGAUCAAGUUCGACGACUAG